CUUGGAGUAUCUGAAGUCCAUAUGGCUAUGUAUGAUGAAGAUAUCUUGAAAAAUCCCUUUUAUUUGGCCAUUCAGAAGCGGCGUCCUGAUCUAUGUAGCAAAGUUGCUGAGCUCCAUGGUAUUGUGUUAGUUCCAUGCAAAGGAAGCCUUUCAAGCAACAAUCUUUCUACCUGCCAGUUUGAAUCUUAUGUUCUGAAGCCACUAGAAGAAAAUUUUCAGACCUUAAAUGGAAAGGAGAUCUUCAUACAAGGAAAUCUCAUCAUUUUAGGAAAUGGUUUUAAUUAUCAUCUGUCAGUACCUGUCCUUUUUGAGGAAACAUUUUACAAUGAAAAAGAGGAAAGCUUUAGUAUAUUGUGCAUAGCUCAUCCUUUGGAAAAAACGGACAGCUCAAGUGAAUCUACAGCUUCAUCAAGCUCCUAUUCUCUUAAAAAUAUUGAAGAUGUUAGAGAACUCUUGGGAAGGCACUGCGAGAGAUUUGAUAAAUACAUAAGCUCUUUCUACAGAACAUGUAAAGAACAUGAAAGGAAAAGUCUUCGCCACUACAUAGAUUCUGUCAAUGCACUUUAUACCAAAUGUCUCCAGCAUCUUUUGAGAGAUUCGCACUUGAAGGUGCUUGCAAAGCAGGAAGAACAGAUGAAUCUGAUUAAACAAGCAGUUGAAAUGUAUAUCCACCAUGCUAUUUAUGAUCUAGUCUUUAAGUAUGUGGGGACUAUUGAGGCAAGUGAGGAUGCUGCUUUCAACAAAAUCACAAGAAGCCUUCAAGACCUGCAGCAAAAAGACAUGGGAGUGAAGCCUGAGUUCAGUUUUAAUAUACCACGUGCAAAGAGAGAACUGGGUCAGUUGAACAAAUGUACUUCCCCUCAACAGAAGCUACUUUGUCUACGAAAAGUGGUACAAAUUAUUAUGCAAUCUCCUAGCCAAAGAGUUAACAUGGAAACCAUGUGUGCAGAUGAUCUGCUCUCUGUUUUGCUGUAUUUACUUGUAAAGACAGAAAUACCAAACUGGAUGGCCAACUUGAGUUACAUAAAGAACUUCAGGCUUUGCAGUUCAGUGAAGGAUGAACUGGGAUACUGUCUAACCUCGAUUGAGGCUGCGAUAGAAUACAUACGGCAAGGCAACCUCUCUGACAGAUCAACAGAAUCUGAAAGACUGUGUGACAAGCUGCUUUUAAGACAAAGGAUGAACUUGUUGUCCCAAAUGUCUGCUACUCCAAUAGACUGCUUAUUUAAGCAUAUUGCUUCAGGUAACCAGGAGGAAGUAGAGCGAUUAUUAAGUCAAGGUGACAGUGAUAAGGACACUGUACAGAAAAUGUGUCAUCCACUCUGUUACUGUGACAGAUGUGAAAAGUUGGUUUCUGGGAAACUGAAUGAUCCUUCCAUUAUCACUCCAUUUUCCCGAGAUGACCGGGGAUAUACACCACUUCAUAUAGCUGCUAUUUGUGGGCAAACAUCAUUAGUGGAUUUACUAGUAGCUAAAGGAGCUAUUGUCAAUGCUACAGAUUAUCAUGGUUCAACUCCACUUCACCUUGCCUGUCAGAAGGGAUAUCAAAGUGUUACACUUCUCUUAUUGCACUAUAAGGCAAGUGCUGAUGUUCAGGACAAUAAUGGAAACACUCCACUUCAUUUGGCCUGCACUUAUGGUCAUGAGGAUUGUGUCAAAGCCUUAGUUUACUAUGAUGUACAUUCCUGUAGACUAGAUAUUGGUAAUGAAAAGGGAGAUACUCCUCUCCAUAUAGCUGCUCGUUGGGGCUAUCAAGGGAUCAUAGAAGUGCUUUUGCAAAAUGGGGCAAAUCCAGAAACUCAAAACCGGAUGAAAGAGACUUCCCUACAGUGUGCAUUAAAUUCCAAGAUUUUGUCAUUGAUGGAAUUAAACUAUCUAACAUUUGAAAGAGGACAGAGUGCUUCUGAGUCACCACUUAGGUCUCCUCAGCAUUCAGCAGAAACUUUCAGCAGAGGAUCAUCUGUCUCAAGCUUGUCAUCAGCAUCAACUGAUAUAAGGCAAGAAGAAGUAAAAAAUAGUUAUAAAGAGGUGGAAAAACUCCUAAGAGCAGUUGCUGAUGGAGAUCUGGAAAUGGUACGUUAUCUCUUGGAAUGGACUGAAGAUGAUGUAGAAGAUGAGGAUGACACAGUCAGUACUUCAAAACCAGAAUUCUGCCACCCAUUAUGCCAGUGCUCAAAAUGUGGGCCAGCACAGAAGAAAUUUGCAAGGGUCUCUGCUACUGGACUUGGAGUAAAUGUUUCAAAUCAAGAUGGUUUUACACCAUUGCAUAUGGCUGCACUGCAUGGACACUCUGAACUUGUCUCUCUCUUGUUGAAACAUGGAGCCAGUAUCAGUGCCAAGGAUGCUAAACAUGCAGUUCCUCUUCAUCUAGCUUGCCAGAAAGGUCACUUCCAGGUGGUGAAGUGUCUGAUGGAUUAUGAUGCUAAACAAAAUAAAAAGGAUAUCUAUGGAAAUACUCCUUUAAUCUAUGCAUGCUUAAAUGGUCAGUAUGAGACUACUGCCUUAUUAUUACAGCAUGGAGCUUCUGUUAACCUUUCUAAUGCCAAAGGAAACACAGCCCUGCACGAGGCUGUGAUAGGAAAGAAUGAAGCCCUGGUAGACUUGUUGCUUCAGAAUGGUGCAAUGACCCACAUACGGAAUGAGAGGAACUGCACCCCUGCAGACUGUGCUGAGCCGAAUUCAAAUAUCAUUAAGUUGCUGGAAACAGCACCAAGCUAUGUACCUACAGCAGCAGAGACAGAAAAGGAGUGUGAGCAGCAUGCUACUAUCAAGAUAAGAAAAAAAGUGAACUCUAAGCCUUGUGAGAAAACUGAUGAUCCCAUAAGCAGACAACUUCAGCUGGUCCAGUCAAUUAACAGAUUUAACAAAUCAAAACAUUUACGGAGAACAAUAACGAGAGAUAAAAGUGUUCCUAAUUUUGACUAUCAGUUAUUGCAUCAGGAUGAGAUUGUUUGCAAGGGUGAUAGUGAAUUGGAAGUUGCAUUGUCAGCUGUGACACAAAUUCAUGUCAUCAGAUCAUCUGUGUUAGCUAUUAAAGGCUUUGAUAAAACCAAAUUAAAAUCUGUUGAAAACCUGGACCAGAGCAAAGUUAAGAUGACUGACACGGGAUGCAGUGGUGAGUUUGUGAAACAUGACAACAUGACAGAAGCUCCUCACAGGAGUAAAUUAAUGCACCGAAGACACAGUGUAAACGUGCCACUUUCAGUAGAGAAUGUCAGUGAUAACAGUUUAACCAGCCCUACAAAUCCAAGUAUUUCACCAUCAAGAGACUGCUGUGAUGAGUCACUUUCAAAACAUUGA